UUAUGGCAACCAGCUUUCUAGGAUUAUUAUACAAUGGCUCGGAUUCAAAAACUUGAGGCUGUAACCGAGGUCAUGUGUUGUCCAGCCAAGUUGUACCGCAUGUUCACCCGUGAUGCACCGGAACUGCCAAAGUAUCUUCCUAAAGCCUUUCACAGCGUUGAAGUUAUUGGAGAUGGCGAAGUUUGCUUAGGCACUGGCUUUGUGUGGAAAGCCGUACCUCAUGGCGCUGGAUCAGCGAUCCUGACCAAGCAGAAGAUAACGGCAGUCGACAAUAAAAAUAGGUCUAUUACAUACACUGUCUUGGAAGGAGAUGUCAUGAAAGACUUUAAUAGUUUUAGUUUCAAAUUGGAUAUUAUUACUCCCAAGUCUGGUACUACUGAUGGUACCAGUUUGGUGAAGUGGUCUGUAGAGUAUGAAAAAGCUAAUGAAGAUGUGGUUGAUCCGAUAGAAAUCCUCAAGGCAUGUGAAGUAGCUACUACUGAAAUGAAUAUCCAUUUGCUAAAGAAAGCAUAGCUGCAUAGAGAGUUGAAACAUGCAAUUUGUAAGCCUAGUUCAAAUUGGGUGUUGUGUUGUUUUAAACUAGGUGCAUCUAAAUAAAGGCUGAUUAAUCUACUAUCCAAAUAAGCGCAAAUUUAUUGGGUUGAUUUCAGUAGUAGUGUUUACUAAAUAUGCUUCCUCCGUCACGUAAAUUCAACACAGGAUGAGUUUUUUGUUC